AUGCCUACAAACUUGCUACCUACCUUCGCUGGCAUGCUGAUCGACGCUGGUCGUCUCGAGCUACUCCAACCCGUCGGUGCUGGCACCUACGGCGUGGUGUACCUCGCCAUUGAUCACGAAGCUUCGGCCUCCUCCUCGGUCCCCGUUCGGCGCGCAGUCAAGAUCGUGCGGAAGGCUGGUCCUUCCAAACGCGACACGCAGCGCCAGCGACGGGAGAUCACGAUCCAAAAGCUCGUGUCGGGCGUGCCCGGCGUCCUCAAGUUGCUCGAAGUGGUGGAGGAUGACGCAUACUUCUACCUCGUGUCGGACUACCACGACUGCGACUUGUUCAACCUCAUCGCCGAGGGCGUCACCUUCGAGGGCAACGACGAGCGGAUCCGGUCGGUCUUCGUGCAGAUCUUGGAUGCGGUCCACGGGUGUCACCGAAAAAAGGUGUACCACUGCGACCUAAAGCCAGAAAACAUACUCUGCACUGCCGACGGGAAGGAGGUCUUCAUAGCCGACUUCGGGAUGGCCACGCCUAUCGCGCGCAGCUAUGUCCGCGGCUAUGGGACUCACUGCUAUAUGAGUCCGGAAUGUAUCUCCACUGCGUCUGGGCCGUAUUCCACCAAGCAUGCGGACAUCUGGGCGCUGGGCAUCAUUCUGAUCAACCUCAUCGCGGACGGCGAUCGCCCGUGGGGAGAGGCGUCGCUCGAGGAUCCCGACUUCAGGCGGUUCAUCCUCGAAGACGAGCAGUUCCUCGAGCGCGAGUUCGGCAUCUCGAGGGGCGCCGCCGAUCUCCUGAAGCGGAUCUUUCGCUUGAACCCCACCGCACGCCCAAGCCUCGCGCAGAUCCGCAACAAUGUCCUCCGCCUCGACACUUUCUUCGCCGAGUUCGAGGAGGAGGAUGUGCUGGACGACGAGGACGACGAGAUGGAGGGAAACCCGGGCGAGCCAGUCGGCUCUACCUCCACAUCAGUGGACGGCAGCGAGGGUGUCGGUACGCCAGACAACGACCCCGCUGUUGCGCCUCCCAUCGUCGGUUGCAAGUUCAUGACGUUCAAGUCGUACGCCCGCCCUCUGCUGCUUCCGGCGAAGAGGGGGGCCGACGACGAGUUCGCCCUCGCCGUCAUCGAGCGCCUGGACGCGCUCGGACUGGAGUGAAAAGGGCAGCUCGCAGUGCGAGCACGAGAGUGCGGCGGGACGUCCUCUCCUGUCAUGUAUCGCCGGAUCAUCAGAAACGAUCCAGAAAAAAAGCGCUUAGUGCCAAAUGGACAUUAUAUGGACAUGCCUUGGACACGAA